CUUUGCUUUAUUCCCUGAAUUUUCGCCAACUUAUCUGAGGAAAGAUGUCAGGAUCUGAGACGGGUUUAAUGGCUGCGAGCAGAGACUCAUCAAUGCCAUUCACAAUGAGUCUCCACCACCAACAGCACAAUCAACCUCCUUCUCCUCCACCGCAACAGUUGUCACCACCACCGCAGCAGUACCAGCACAACAACUCAGCUUUGAACAUGAACAUACCCGUAGAUAUGACAGGAAGUGAGCCUGUGAAGAAGAGGAGAGGGAGACCGAGGAAGUACGGACCGGAACUGGGUUUGGUUCCCAGAGAUUCUUCUUUCACCGUCAGCCAGCCUAGUGGCGAUGGUGGUUCCGGGGAAGGUGGGUCGUCUACGCAGAAGAAGAUGAGAGGAAGACCUCGUGGUUCUGUCAAUAGGAAAAAGCUUCAAGCUUUAGGGUCGACAGGAGUCGGAUUUACGCCUCAUGUACUUACCGUGAAUACUGGAGAGGAUGUAUCAUCAAAGAUAAUGGGGUUUUCUCAGAACGGACCACGCACUGUGUGUGUCUUGUCCGCAAAUGGAUCUAUCUCCAAUGUGACUCUUCGCCAGUUCGCCACAUCCGGUGGAACCGUUACAUAUGAGGGGAGAUUUGAGAUUCUGUCUUUGUCGGGCUCGUUACUUCUGGUAGAAAACAAUGGCCACAGAAGCAGGACAGGAGGUCUAAGUGUGUCCUUAUCAGCUCCUGAUGGUAGUGUCUUAGGUGGUUCUGUAGCUGGUCUUCUAAUAGCAGCAUCGCCUGUUCAGAUUGUUAUUGGGAGUUUCAUACCAGAGGGGCAAAAAGAACAGAGACAGAUGGAUCUAUCCUCACCGAUAUUACAGCAUGUCUCCCCAAGUCAAGUACUGAUGAAUCCGAGUAGCCCGCAUUCUCGUGGCACGAUGAGUGAGUCAUCUAUUGGAGGACAUGGAAGCCCUCUUCACCAGAGCUCAGGAGGGCCUUACAACCACACCAACCUUUCCAUGCCCUGGAAGUAG